GCAGAAGAAAAAUUGGAAGAAAGCCAAUGGAUGGUAGCUGAGAAGGAAAAGCUCUUGGAAAAGUUAUCCGAUGAAUGCAAAAGAGUGAAGAAUGAACUCUACGAACAAGGUCGACGAGGAAAGAGAGCUGAACAACAAAGAAAUGAAGCCCUUUAUAAUGCUGAGGAACUUUCUGAUGCUUUCAAACAAUACAAGGAAAAGACCAUGGAAAAGCUUUUAAUGUUUCAAGACAAUGAAGAGGAAUUGCAGAGGCGCCUGGAUCACUAUGACAAAGACAGAGCAGAGUUACUUGAGAAAUGUACAAUAUUAGAAAAAGAGUUGGAGAGCAAGAAUGAGGAAAUCAGGAUCAUAAUGGGACAGUCUUGUGAUGUGAAGUUGGUUCAGAAGGAUCUGGAGGCAAAAAAUGCAGGGCUGUUUUCAAUUUUGUCUGAUUCCAAAGAAAAGAUUAAGAUGUUAGAAAGUGAACUCACUGAUAAAGAAGCUAUUUUAAAAGACAGAGAUGCCUUGAGGGUAGAGAAUGCAGGACUAAGAGUACUUAUAACUUCCCAAAGUGAAAAAUUGCUUCAAAUCAAUAAAGAACUCGAGGUCACCAAAUUGGAGAUGAAGAACUUGGAGUCAGUUUUACAACUGGAACAGACACAAAGUGAAGAGAUAGAUAGUGGUGCAUUUGGUAGAGGAGUGGCAAAUUUAAGCUCCUUGAAUGCCUUCUCUAACAGGAAAAAGAUGAGGGAUUCCAAAUUAAAUGCUGAUUCAAGUGAUUCCCUUCUUACAGACUUCAGCAUUAAACUAGCCAUGAAAGAUGAUGAAAUUCAGAAGUUGAAGUCAAGCCUGAUGAACAGCAAAUUUUCAACACAAGAAUGUGGUGACGUUUUGGGUAAAAGUUGUGAUUUGUUGGAUAGUGCAAGUCCAGAACUAAUCUCAGACAGAAAUAAGAAAGAUGACAGAAGGUCCAUGGAGCAGCGCUUAGAAGAGGAGCGAUGUAGACAAGUAGAAGUUGAGAAGCUGCAGGCACAAUUACUAGAUGCUGAGGCUACAAUCUCAAUGUUGCAGACUCGGAUGACUGAACAGAUAAAUAAUUUUGAGCAGAUACAAGAGCAACUUUUGGAAAAAAGCAAAUAUAUUGGAAAUGUGGAAGAGGAGCUAAGGAAAACAAAAAAUCAGCUUGCCACAGUGGAGAAACAGUUGGAGGAGAAAACCAUUGUUUGCACUACAAAUGCAGUCAAAGCAAUCGAACAUGAACAAGACAUUGUGGAAAAGAAUAAAGAAAUAAUCAAAUUGGAAAAAUUCAUAGAGGAACAACAUGAGGAAAAUAUUGCCGCAUGUGAACAUAUCAAGAAGAUUCAAACUGAACAGUGUCAAGAACUCGAGAAGCAGAUUGAAAUUCUUCAAAGUCAACUGGAAGAGAAGGAGCAACAGUUGAAAAAACAGAAGCAAACAAUAUCAAGUGUUCAGGAAGAGAUCACUGCCAAGCAAAGCAGAAUUGAAUCAUUGGAAUUCCUCCUUGAGGAAACCAGAGAAGAAAUAAAGAAACAAAAUGACAGAAAUAAUGCCACAUUAAAAGCCUUACAAAAUCAAACAGAUGAAGAAGCUUCCAAAGUUAAAGAUUUGGAAAAUGCAUUGGUAAUUUCUAAGGAGGAGCUGAAAAUUCAGUCACAACAGUUUGAAGAUAUCAGGGAACAACAAGAGAAACAGAUAGGAAAGAAGUCAGAAGAGGUACUUUGUCUGCAGAAACAGUUGAAAAUAUCUACAAUCAACCUGAAAGAAAGUAAUGAGCAAAAUAUGCAACUUCAGCAGACCUUGGUACAGUAUCAACAAAUGUUGCAGCAGGGGACAGAUAGAAUUGGAGAGCUUGAAGACCACCAGACAAUGAUAGAAAGACAGGUUUCUCAACUGGAGCAAGAAUUAUACAAACAGAAAGUGGCCUAUACAGAUGAGCUCUCAAAAACAGAAGAAAAGCUUUUGAAGGCAUAUGAUGGCCAGGAUUCCAAACACCUGCAGGUGGUUGAACUUACCAGCACUUUGAAAGAAAUAAAGACUGAGAUGGAUAAGUGCAAAGCUGAAGCUACUGCACUGGAAAAAGAACUACUUCAAUUGAGACGUGAUAGUGCAAACAAGGAUGUUCAGCUUAACCAGCUGGAAAUAACUUUGCGUAAUACACAGAUUGAAUUGAACAAGAAGUCUGACCAAGUGCUUGAUCUGGAAGAAAAUUUGCACAAGAUUGAGACAGAACGAAGGAAUGCUUUGCUGGAAACUCAGAAGAUGGAAGCGCAGUUGAAGAAUGCACACAAUGAAUUACAUGACACUUUAAAUCAGCUGAAAGAGCUACGCGAUGUCCUUCAAACAGCUCAGAAUAGCAUGGAGGAGAAAAAAAACAUUAUUGAGGAGCUCACACAUGAACUUCGGCAGUAUAAAAGUGAAUUACAGGACAGAAAUGCGGAAAUCAUUGACAUGGACCAGGCACUCAAGGACAGGCAAUGGGAGCUCCAACAGAGAGCAGCUCAGCUCACACAAUUGGAUAUGAAUGUUCAUGAGCACAAAACAGAGAUGGAGCAGAAAGUUAUCUGUUUACAAAGUUCUUUGGAGAAAUCUGAGUUGAGCGUUAAGGAGCAUACUAAACAGGUGGAGACUUUGGAUGGAAAACUACAGCUUAUACAAGAGGAGUUGCGUGAAAAAGACUUUAAGCUACUACAAAAGGAGCAACAAAUAAAUCAGCUGAAAAGUGAAGUUGAAGGAAGGGAUGUGCAGAUUGAUAAAUAUGAGCAGAUACUGAAAAAUAAGGAUCAGUGUAUUGUGAAACAGCAAAAGGAAGUGUUGGACGAAAGCCAACAAGUACAGAUAGCACGUGAACAAAUGCAGCGCUAUCAUCUGGAAGUGAGGGAGGCUCAGCAACGCCUAGCACAGACACAAAGAGAGGUGGAACGCCUCUCUGUUGAGCUGGACGAAACUAUUCGACUAUCUCAAGAAAAGGAAGCCCGUGCUGCUCAUCUUGCUGAAGAAUUGGGAGCUGCUCAAGCUCGAGAGGACCAAUUGGAAAUCAGGAUGCAGACAGAAACAAAGAAAUUAAAAGAAUUUAUUAAACACUUGAAAAAUACUCACCAGAGAGAAAUUGCUAUGCUUAGAGAACGAAAUGCACAGUCAUUACCAACUAUUAUGGAAAGUUCUGAGACCCAAAAAUCAAGUGACCAGUUGUUACAAUUGAGCCAGGAUCUAGAAAAGGCUCAAGAAUGUAUUCUUCAUCUUGAGUCAGAAAUUAAGAAUCAGAGGGAGGUGAUAAAUGCUGCAGAAGAAAGCCUCAUCAUUAAGGAAUCUGAAGUAGCAAGACUACAAGUCAAAAUUUCUGGAUUUGAAAGAGCAAUGGGUAAACAGCAGCUGCAUUCUCCCACAUUAGAGACUCAGAAUGAAUCCAAUAAUAGAAAAGACUACACAUCACAACUGAAGAGCUUUUACCCUUUGACCAGAAACAUGAACAGACCUUUCAGUGCUCAUGAUACGUAUGGCACAGAUAUUGGUUCAGCAUUACAGUCCCUGAAUUACUCUAACAGGAUUCGUGAAAAACUUGAGCAGUCUUUUAUUGAGCAGAAUAUCAGCUUAGAUGAUACAAUGGAUGUUUCUUGCGCAGGGAAGUCAGAGAGCACAACUUUAUUCAAUCAGUCUGCCAAUGCAGAAGCUGAAGAAGAUUUAGAGGUCACUAAUCUGACUAGUAAUAGCAACAUGGACACUCUAAGUGGAAUGUUGAAUCAUCUAAUUGCCAUGGAACAAAGUAGUGCUAAACUGUGCUCUCCAAUUAACAAGUCACCAGGCUUGUCUAGUGAACAGAUUAAAUCAAAAACGGAGGAAUGUUCAACAGAAAAGCACAGAAUUCCAGAUCAGGUUGGUGCCCACUGUAAACUUGCAGAUGUUGAUUUAAAUGUGCAAAGUCGUGCAUCUGUACCAUUGAAAUAAUCCCAGAAAUGCCAUUUGCUUCAUCUUCAGUAGUGAUGUGCUCAAUAUCCCUAUUGAAUACACUUCAGAAAAGACUACUGGAUGCCUUAAUGACUUGUAUGACCAGUUCAUGAAAUUUUAUGAAGUCCAAAACAGUUUGGAAACCUCAAAGGUUCAAGCACGCUUAAUUAAUUUAUUUUGUGGAUCAUUUGCAUGUAGCUGUCACUUUUUGCUUUAUCUUCAAUUUGUUGUAAUAUGGCUGACCUUUCUGAGUAAGAGCAGUCAUGUGAGUAACAUCAACUAAAGGAUUAAGAUAAAGUUUGGAAGAGCGAUCAGUAAGCUUGCUGUCCAGUAAUAAUAGUAUGAAGUGUGCAGAUGUGAUGAUAAAGUAGUAAUAUGAUCUUUAUUCCAAAAGAAGCUUCAAAAAUAAAAGUUACCUAAUUUCAUAUUGUAAUGCCAGUAAUUGAUCUAAAUGGGUGUGAAAAAUUUCAUUUUUUUAAAUGUUAAUAAAAAUUUUGUUUUUAGAGAAAUAAAACAAAUGUAUUUCAUUGAAAUAUUUUUUCUAUGUAAAAUAAAUGUUCCUUUCUGUAU